AUGAAGUUCUUCACCGUCGCCGCCGUCCUCUCGGCAGCCAUCUCAAAAGUCUCUGGCCACUACAUCUUCCAGCAGCUGUCCAUAGGGUCCACAAAGUACGACGUCUUCCAGCACAUCCGCAAGAAUACAAACUACAACUCCCCCGUCACAGACCUCGCCUCAAACGAUUUGCGAUGCAACGUCGGAGGUGCCAGCGGCGUGCAGACGACGGUCAUCAGCGUGAAGCCCGGCGACUCCUUCACCUUUACCCUCGACACGGCCGUCUACCACCAAGGCCCCAUCUCGCUCUUCCUUUCCAAAGCGCCCUCUCACGUACAAGACUACGACGGUGCUGGAAAGUGGGCCAAGUUCAAGGAUUUCCUGCCGACCUUUAGCAACGGCCAGGCAACCUGGCCAAUGAGACAAACCUAUGAGCACAAGAUCCCGACGUGCCUCCCCAACGGCGAGUACCUGCUGCGCAUCCACCAGCUGGGAAUCCAUAACCCCUACCCGGCCGGCAUCCCGCAGUUCUACAUCUCGUGCGCCCAGAUCAAUGUCACCGGCUCGACCGCCCCGGCGAGCUCGUUCGCGCCGACCCUCAGCAUUCCCGGUGCCUUCAAGGAGACUGAUCCCGGGUACACCGUCAACAUCUACCAGCCUGGAUUCACAUCGUACGAGGCUCCCGGUGGCAAGGAGUGGACUUGCUGA